AUGGAUCAAAAUCAUGUUCCUCCUCUUCAUCAUCAGAUCAGAAAGCCCGUGAAGACGGGGGAAGUUCCAGCUCAGAAGCCUCAUCAGAUAAAGGACGGUGUUCUUACUAGCACCGAGGCAGCAAAGAUCUACAAGGGAGUGUUAGUUACUAAAUAUGGUACCAAGAAAUAUCCUCGAUCAAAUUACCCUUAA